AUGGAAAGCAAAGCCGACGAUUCGCUCUCCAACCCUAGUGACGCUCCCGAGAAGGACCAAACCCUUCCUCAAGAUCAAGAACGCGCCGGGGACGCUGAUGGCACCAUCAAGCGCCUCCGCGACGAGAUCCAAGCCCUCUGGGUCCAGAAAGGGGAGCUCGAGCUCCAGCUCGACGACUCACACAAGAAGCUCCACCGCGCCAUGGCGGACAACCGCUCCCUCGCCACCGAAGCCAGACACCUCAAGGAACAUCUCGCCGCCGUCGCAUCUGCCUCCAAGGACUUCGAAACCGAGACCGACCGCCUGAAGCGAGCCCUCAAUGAUCUGGAGGCCGUCGUGGCCUCGAUCGCCGCUGCCAGAGCCGCGAAUGAGGCCGAGAUCUCCGCCCUCAAGGAGCGGCUCCUCUUCCCGGAGGAGCUCGAAGUCCUCUGGGCGCAGAUCCGCGCGCUGGAGAGGAAGGAGAUUGACCUUCGUGUGGAGAUGUGCUCCGUGGUGCUGGGGGAGGCGGCCGUGGAGGAGCAGGUCAAGAUCAUGGAGGCGAGAGAGCGGGAGCUGCAGCAGGUCGUUAAGAGCCUUGAGGAGUCCAACACUCGACUGGAAAUGGAGCUCACCGAAUGGCGGUCCCAGAUCGACGCUGCUGUCGCGGCGGCGAGGAGGCGUCUGAGGGUUUCUCAGGUGUUGGCAGCGGUGGCGUCAGUUGGAGCACUUGCUGCGGUGGCUGUGGUGGUCUAUCUUCACCACGGCCACCGGAGGUAA